GGGCGCUCGUGGGAGAGGAACGUGGCCCUGGCGCGUGGCAUGGUCAUUUUAGAUCUGCGCAGAGGCGAAUGCGUCCCGCUUGGUGUUCGCUCCCUCUUGAGAAAGUGCAGAGGAGGGAAGAGCUUGAGCGCGCGCCAGGUAUUUGCCCUGCUACCUGCUCCCGGGGCCAGGCUACGCUCCUCUCGUGGCCGCCACCAACCCCCGACGCCCCAUGGCUAGAACACGCAAGGCCGGGACCUUGCGCUCUCUCCCCCACCCCGGCUCUGCGUAGUGGCCGGAAACUGCUAUCUCCUAUCACGUGAUCUGCUGGACCGUUUGGGGAGACGUUGAGGUAGUCUAGGGGAAGCCGGCUACCAUGCUGUGAGGACACUCAAGCAGCCCUAUGGAGUGGUCUAAGAGGAGCUGAGGCCUCCUGCCAACAGUUAUUACCAACUUACCAGCCAUGUGAAGAAACUGAGGUCAGAGAGGUGAAAUGAGCUGCCAGAGGUCACGCAGAUGGCGCAGGUUUACUGGCUGCCGCGCGCGGCCUCCGAGCCGUGCCGGGCAGGCUUCGGGGAAGCUGAAGUGACCUUGGAGGCGCGAGGCGCGGAGCUGGAGCCGGGCCGGGCGCGGGGGAAUGUAGUUUUCACGGAGUGCCCUUGGCAAGAGUCGGCCCUGCUGACUGAUGAUGACUUCACUGUUCUGAACAACAAAACAGUCCAGGAAAGGAAAGCACUGAAGAUCUCCCCAUCCAAACGUAUCUUGCGAAGACGCAAGAGAGAUUGGGUGGUCCCGCCAAUAUCUGUCCCUGAGAAUGGCAAGGGUCCCUUCCCCCAGAAGCUGCAUCAGCUCAAAUCUAAUAAAGACAGAGGCACCAAGAUUUUCUACAGCAUCACGGGGCCUGGGGCAGACAGCCCCCCUGAGGGUGUCUUCACCAUAGAGAAGGAAACAGGCUGGCUGCUACUGAAUAAACCACUGGACCGGGAGAAAAUUGCCGAGUAUGAGCUCUUUGGCCACGCUGUGUCGGAGAACGGUGCCUCCGUGGAAGAGCCCAUGAACAUCUCCAUCAUUGUAACAGACCAGAAUGACCACAAGCCCAAGUUCACCCAGGAUGUCUUCAGAGGGAGCGUCUUGGAAGGGGUACUACCCGGCACUUCUGUGAUGCAGGUGACAGCCACGGAUGAGGACGAUGCCAUCAACACCUACAACGGGGUGGUUGCUUAUUCCAUCCAUAGUCAAGAGCCACAGGACCUCAUGUUCACGGUCCACCGGAGCACAGGCACCAUCAGCGUCGUCUCCAGUGGCCUGGACCGGGAGAGAGUCCCUGAGUACACACUGACCAUCCAGGCUACGGACAUGAACGGGGAUGGCUCCAGCACCACGGCUAUGGCCGUAGUGGAAAUCCUCGAUGCCAAUGACAACGCUCCUGUGUUUGAGCCCCAGAAGUAUGAGGCCCGUGUGCCUGAGAACGCAGUGGGCCACGAGCUGCAGAGGCUGACUGUGACCGAUCUGGAUGCCCCCAACUCACCGGCAUGGCAGGCUACCUAUCGCAUUGUGGAAGGUGACAACGGGGACCAUUUUACCGUCACCACCCACCCUGAGAGCAACCAGGGUAUCCUGACAACCAAGAAGGGCUUGGAUUUCGAGGCCAAAACCCAGCACACCCUGUACGUUGAAGUGAUCAACGAGGCUCCCUUUGUGGUGAAGCUCCCAACCUCCACGGCCACCGUAGUGGUCCACGUGGAGGAUGUGAAUGAGCCGCCCGUGUUCGUCCCACCCUCCAAAGUCAUCGAGGUCCAGGAGGGCAUCUCCGUCGGCGAGCCUGUCUGCACCUACACCGCGCAGGACCCGGACAAGGGGAGUCAGAAGAUCAGCUACCACAUCCUGAGAGACCCGGCAGGGUGGCUAGCAAUGGACCCAGCCAGUGGGCAGGUCACUGCUGCAGGGGUCUUGGACCGUGAGGAUGAGCAGUUUGUGAAGACCAACAUCUACGAAGUCAUGGUCUUGGCCACGGACGAUGGGAGCCCUCCCACCACUGGCACGGGGACCCUCCUGCUAACACUGAUGGAUGUCAAUGACCAUGGCCCGGUCCCUGAGCCCCGUCAGAUCACCAUCUGCAACCAAAGCCCUUUGCCUCAGGUGCUGAACAUCACAGACAAGGACCUGUCCCCCCACACCUCCCCUUUCCGGGCCUGGCUCACACACGACUCGGACAUCUACUGGACGGCAGAGGUCAAUGAGAAAGGAGACACAGUGGCCUUGUCCCUGAAGAAGUUCCUGAAGCAAGAUACAUACAACGUGCACCUUUCUCUGUCCGACCACGGCAACAAGGAACAGCUGACGGUGAUCAGGGCCACCGUGUGCGACUGCCACGGCCAUGUGGAGACCUGCCCCGAACGCUGGAAGGGGAGUUUCCUCCUCCCCAUCCUGGGUGCUGUCCUGGCUCUGCUGUUCCUCCUGCUGGUGCUCCUGUUUUUGGUGAGAAAGAAACGGAAGAUCAAGGAUCCCCUUCUGCUCCCAGAAGACGACACCCGUGACAACGUCUUCUACUACGGCGAAGAGGGGGGUGGCGAGGAGGACCAGGACUAUGACAUCACCCAACUCCACCGGGGCCUGGAAGCCCGGCCUGAGUUGGUUCUCCGCAACGAUGUGGCGCCAGCCUUCAUCCCCACACCCACAUACCGUCCACGGCCAGCCAACCCAGAUGAAAUCGGCAACUUCAUCAUCGAGAACCUGAAGGCGGCCAACACGGACCCCACGGCCCCGCCCUAUGACUCCCUGUUGGUGUUCGACUAUGAGGGCAGCGGCUCCGAUGCCGCCUCCCUGAGCUCGCUUACCUCCUCAGCUUCCGACCAGGACCAAGACUACGACUAUCUGAACGAAUGGGGCAGCCGCUUCAAGAAGCUGGCAGACAUGUAUGGCGGGGGCCAGGACAACUAGGCCUCCCUGCCUGCAGCGCCGGGGGCCUAAACAACCAGGCCCGCAGCUGCAUCUCCAAGGGGUCUCCAUCCCCACCUCGGCCAGGGACUUCGGAGCUUGUUGAGAAGUAGCCUUAGCAACUUGGAGGGAAGAGGCGUGACAUUAAAGGGGCAGGUUUCUAAGCCUUUCAGCAUGGAGGGACCCGGGCAGUUUGAUUUCAACAGUGAAAACCUCUUAGCCUCGGCCAGGGUUGCCGAAUUUCCGGGAGUCUCUCCCCUGCCGUAAGAUGCUCAGCCCUGUGUACCGGGCCUGGACCACCUCUGACUCCCGCAUGUUGACGUUCUCUCUGGAAUGGACCCUUCUCCUUAGAAAGAGGCCUCUUGUUGCAAUCUGGAUUUUUUUUUUUUUUUUUAAAUGCUAUUUUCAAAAAGUUAGAACCAGGUCCUCAGGCGCCCCUGGGGUCCUCCAGAGGCCCAGGCCAGAGCUGGCUGGCUCACGUGCCCUCACGCAUUGCAUUUCUCUCUGGUCUCUGGGCCCCGAGGCCUCCUGUUUGAGUGGAUUACCGCGUUUUUAUACCGAGCGUGUUUAGGUGGUCCUUUAUUUUUUACUUUCCCUAUCGAUUGCUGUAGAGGAAGGGUGAUGACAAUGCUGUAAAUGUACUAGAACUUUUUUAUUAAAGGAACUUUUCCCAGA